AUGGCAACAAAUCCAAUAAAUGAUGAAGAAAUUACAUCGAACACCAAUGAUAAAAUUGAAAAUUCUUCAUUAACAAAUGAUGAAAAUAAUUUAAAUAAUAAAGAUAAUCCAUUCCAUUUACUUGAAGGUCGAUGGACAUUUUGGUAUACACACCGGCCAACUACAUUUCGCAAUAGUGCAGUUAAUUAUGAUUCUUGUUUAAAAAAACUUGGUACAUUUGGUUCCAUUGAAGAAUUUUGGUUUUAUUAUGAUCAUAUGAAAUUUUCUUCUGAACUUCCAUUUUAUAGUGAUAUUCAUUUAUUUAAAGAAAAUUUAAAACCAAUGUGGGAAGAAGAAGGAAAUCGUCUUGGUGGUAAAUGGAUAUUACGAUUAAAAAAAGGUUUAUCUACACGUUUAUGGGAAUUACUUGUUUUGGCUGUUAUUGGUGAACAAUUUAAUGUUGGAAAAGAAAUAUGUGGAAUUGUUUGUUCAAUUCGACCACAAGAAGAUCUUAUUAGUGUAUGGACGAAAACAGCUAAUAAUCAAUUAGUUACACAAAGAAUUAAAGAAAUAAUGAAAAAAGUUCUUAGUUUACCACAAGAUUGUCCAAUAGAAUACAAGACACAUAAUGAUUCAUUACGUGAUAAUUGUAGUUAUCGUAAUACAGAUCGUAUGACUGAUAAUUUUUUUCAAGCAGUAAAUCCUUUAUGGUAUAUAGCUUGUGAUGGUGGUCUUAUAAAAUUAGCUAUUCUUACAUUUUGGCCAAAUAUAAUGCCAUAUGAUUAUUUUGGUGUAUGGGGUCAAUUUAUAAAAAAUUUAGCAUAUAAUUAUCAUUAUUUACUUGUAUUUAUUUUUUGGAUUGCUAUAUUUUUACAUGUAUUUGAAGCAAUAGUUGCUCUACGUUUAUGUAAAAAAUUACAUAUUGAUUUCACUAAUACAUGUCGAUGGUUUCUACAAACAUUAUUCUUAGGUUAUGUUUCAUUGGGUAUAUUAAGACAAUAUGGAGCAAAAAAACGACGACAAUCAUAA